AUGAGAGGUUGCCGAAUGGACUACAGGGAUCCCGAAGGGCAAACACUUUUGCACCUUGCUUGCACCAAGGCCGAGGUUCAAGGGAAAGGGAUGUCUGGACGCUUGAAGGUCGCCCAGAUGUUCCUGAACGAGGGAGCAGACGUGAACGCCACCGACGCGAAAGAUUUAACACCGCUUCACCACGCGUCUGCUCGUGGGCGCAAGGCGCUCAUGCAACAUUUCCUCCGCCGUGGGGCAAAGAUUGAUGCCCAGGCAAGGGAUGGAGCUACACCACUCAUGGUCGUCACUGCCCAACAGCUUGUGUCUAUCCAGAUUCUACACGGGGGGGGGGGCGCCAAUGCUCUUUUGCCAAAGAUAGACCCCGAGUCGCGAAAUGGGAAGUCGGUGCUCCCGUUGGAGGAUGCGGCGGAGCAUGGUAACUUGGAUAUUGUCCACGAGCUGGUACAGCUCUUCGGAAUCGAGGGUUGUGGUGGUCCCAGUGGUGGUGUGGGUGCUUUAGCGAAUGCCGCUGAAUUUGGUCACGUCGGCAUAGUGGCUCUUUUGCUUGACGCCGGCGUCGUCGACACGGGAGAAACGCUUGCUCUGGCCAAUGACUCAGGGAAUUCUGCGGUCAUGAAAAUUCUGGGUCAGCGACGCUAG